ACCAUGGUCAUUUUCAAUAACACGACCUCUUCCUCCAACUUCUUCCUCACUGCAAUCCCUGGAAUGGAACCUGCUACUGUCUGGAUCUCCAUCCCUAUCUGCUGUCUCUAUUCCGUUGCCCUCCUGGGAAACAGCAUGGUCUUGUAUGUCAUCAUUAUUGAGAGGCGUCUCCACAAGCCCAUGUACUAUUUCAUUUCUAUGCUAUCAGCUGUUGAUUUGUGUCUGACCGUCUCAACUCUCCCCACUGUGCUCGGAGUACUUUGGUUUCACGUCUUGGAGAUCAGCUUAAAAGCCUGUCUCAUUCAAAUGUUCUUUGUCCAUGCCUUCUCCUUCCUGGAGUCCUCAGUGCUGGUAGCCAUGGCCUUUGACCGCUUCAUGGCUAUCUGUAACCCACUGAAAUAUGCCACCAUCCUCACAGACAUGAUAAUCAUGGUGAUUGGACUAGUCAUUUGCAUACGGCAAGUGGUUUUUAUGUUUCCCAUGAUUCUAGCUCUAAGGAACGUAUCUUUCCAUGGAGGCAAAGAACUUUCCCAUCCAUUUUGCUACCAUCCAGAUAUGAUCAAAUACACACACUCUAAUGCCUGGAUCAGCAGUUUUUUUGGCAUGUUCCUUCAACUGUAUCUCACUGGCACUGACUUAUUGUUCAUUCUUUUCUCCUAUGUCCUGAUUCUCCGUACUGUCCUGAGCAUUGUAGCUCCCAAAAAGCAGCAAAAAGCUCUCAGUACCUGUGUCUGUCACAUCUGUGCUGUCACCAUUUUCUAUGUGCCAAUGAUCAGCUUGUCUCUGACACACCGUCUCCUCAACUCAACCCCAAGGAUGAUCUGUAGCAUUUUGGGCAAUACUUACUUGCUCUUACCACCGGUACUGAACCCUGUUAUUUACAGUCUGAAGACCAAGACAAUUCGCCGGGCUAUGUUCCAACUCCUCCAUUCAAAAAGAGUGCAUGGGUCCAGCAUGUGA